CUGAACAUAUCCCUUCUCUCUCUAUAUAUGGGAAAGCAUUGAAAGGAGAAUACUAAGACGGGAAACGCAUAGAAUCAGCAAUAAACAGAUCUUCCAUGAAAGAUACCUUCAAAAAGAUUGCGUUUUCAGUCCAUACUCUUCAAAAGAACACAAAAAUAUUGUUUUAGCUCAGCCUAUUUUAUCAGUCUAUGACCUGUUUCUAGAGAGAGAAAGUCCACGAGAGGGAGAGGGAGAGGGAGAGAGAUGUUGGAAGUAAGAGAAAGGUAUUGUUGUUUUCCACGAGAGGUACUCGGUGUGAAUGUGGGUCUUGCUUGUGUUGAUGGCAUUAUUGCGAUUCUUGCUUUCUCUCAGCUAAUAAGGAUCCAUUCAAGGAAUUCACAACUUGGUUGGACUCGACAAAAAGUGUUUCAUCUAUUGAUUGCCUCUUCUAAUACAGGUUACUUUGUCUUUUUCCUCACUACUAUAAUUACUAUCUGUAAGAGAUGGCAAUGCUGGUCACAUUCUUGUGGCUUUAUCUUCAUGGCCUUACCAAAAAUUCUGUCUUUUGCGGCAUUUCUUCUACUUUUAUCCUUCUGGGUUGACCUUCACCAUCAGGCAGAUGAUGAGGAUUGUGAAGAGGAAGACUUUAGUUUUCAUGAAGCUUUGUUGGAAAUGAGAUUAGAUGAUCCAACUUCAGCACAUGCAGAUAGUCAAAGAAUAUGUUUACCUUUUCGGUCAAUCCGUGUGGGAAGCCGUCAAAAAAUUGUAAUUUGGGUCACUGCCCUAGUAUUUAUUUUGACGAUAGCAUUUGCUGUGUUAAUGUGGAUUGGGAUGGGAAAUGAUUUUAUUGAUUCACCAUCAUUGGCCACGGCAUAUGUAGAUGUUUUUGCUAUAGCUUUGCUAUUAUUGGGAGGAGCAUUAGCAUGUUAUGGACUUCUAAUAUGCGCGAAAAUGAGAAGAGUUAGAUCUGAGAGAGCUGCAUCAGAAAUGUGGAAGGUUGCAGGUUUGGCAGUUGUCUCAGUUAUAUGUUUCACUUCAAGUGCGUUUGUUGCUCUUUUUACUCAGAUUCCAAUCCUCUAUCACUGCCAAAAACUUGACUAUAAUGGUCUUGUUACUUCUCUUCUACUGAUUUUAUAUUAUUUUAUAGGUUCCUCAGUACCCUCAGCAUUUAUACUAUGGAUUAUGAGAGAAUUACCACCAGCUAUAGUGCCUGAUGUACAUGAAGAGUCGAGAACAAUUGCUUACAUCACUGAUACUUCUGUAGUUGCACAUAUUCCUCAGCGUUGGACUACUGCAACAAGCUUGCAGAAUCAGAUGACUGUAUAGGACAGAUAUAAGGGAUAGUGACUUCAGCUUUGUAAGUGCAGAUAUCAAGAGGCAGCCCUAUAUAAUUGCAUUAACCAUGACCCGGUGACUUUCGUCUUGUCUGGCUGCUAAAUCUGAAGCUUGCUGGAAUUAACAAUUUUGACAAAGAAGACGUGAACUAUGAGUCUUGAAGAAGCUGCUGACACGAAGAUGCGAUACAGCCGUAAGGUUGCCAUCGCCAUGUUAGACAUUUAGGGCGUGUAUAUACCAACAAAUGCUAAAUAGGGGAUAUCUCCCCUUCAUUUCUUCAUUCACAAAAACUUCGUUGAUGCAUUGUUCAGCAUAGGGUGUUCUUACAUGAUUUUGAAUUUUUGGCUGAUACGAAGUGAUCAUGUGGGUUUUUCCAUUUGUUAACUUGAUUGUUAUCGAACUACUCAUUUAUCUUUUA